GGCAGCGGCGGCGGUGUGGGCUGUGGUCGCGGGAAGUGAAUGGUUUUACCCAGAGGGCCCUGCGCCGCCUUUCUCCGCUGGCACCGGAGCUGCUCCCUGCUCCUCCUCCCCGGCCAUGGCGUUCACGUUCGCGGCCUUCUGCUACAUGCUGGCGCUGCUGCUCACCGCCGCACUCAUCUUCUUCGCCAUUUGGCAUAUUAUAGCAUUUGAUGAGCUGAAGACGGAUUACAAGAAUCCUAUAGACCAGUGUAAUACCCUGAAUCCUCUUGUCCUUCCAGAGUACCUCAUCCAUGCUUUCUUCUGUGUCAUGUUUCUUUGUGCAGCAGAGUGGCUUACACUGGGUCUCAAUAUGCCCCUCUUGGCAUAUCAUAUUUGGAGGUAUAUGAGUAGACCAGUGAUGAGUGGACCAGGACUCUAUGACCCUACAACCAUCAUGAAUGCAGAUAUUCUAGCAUAUUGUCAGAAAGAAGGAUGGUGCAAAUUAGCUUUUUAUCUUCUAGCAUUUUUUUACUACCUAUAUGGCAUGAUCUAUGUUUUGGUGAGCUCUUAGAACAACACUCAGAAGAACUGGUCCAGUUAAGUGCAUGCAAAAAGCCACCAAAUGAAGGGAUUCUAUCCAGCAAGAUCCUGUUUCCAAGAGUAGCCUAUGGAAUCUGAUCAGUUACUUUAAAAAAUGACUCCUUAUUUUUUAAAUGUUUCCACAUUUUUUGCUUGUGGAAAGACUGUUUUCAUAUGUUAUACUCGGAUAAAGAAUUUAAAUGGAAUUACGUAUAAAUUAAUAUAAAAUGAUACCUCUGGUGUUGACAGGUUUGAACUUGCACUCCUUAAGGAACAGCCAUAAUCCCUUGAAUGACUUCAUUAAUUAUUGACUGUCCUUAGUCCAUUGGAAGCUUUUGUUUAUAGAAGUUGUAGGGCUCAUUUUGGUUUUAUUGAAAUGCCAUUUAAUUAUAAAUUAGCUGUAGAUAUCAGGUGCUUCUGAUAAAUUGAAAAUAUAUAUCUGACCUGUGGAAACUUCAUGGGUUUCCUCAUCUAUCAUGUAGGUGAUUAUAUAUGGAUGCAUUAAAAAAAUGAGUGGGAUUUUUUUUCCCUUUGACUUGAAAUACUAUCCCUGUAUAUUGCAUGAAUGAGAGAUUUCCCAUAUUUCCACCAGAGUAAUAUACUUGCUUUAAUUCUUAAGCAUAAGUGAACAUGAUACAAAAAUAUAUGCUGACUUACUUGUGAAGAAUGCAUUUAAAGCUAUUUUAAAUGUGUUUUAAUUUGUGAGACAUUACUUAUUAAGAAAUUGGUUAUUAUACUUAGUGUUCUAAUCUGGUGGUAAAGAUAUUCUUAAGAGUUUGCAAGUACUUUAGAUUUUCAAAACUGAAUGAGAGAGAACAUUGUAUAACCGUCCUGCUGUUCCUUUAGUGCAAUACAAUAAAACUCUGAAAUUAAGACUUAUUUUCAGUGCAUUGUUUUAAAGAUUACAAAUAGCUAUUCUUAAACUUGCUUAUUCCAAAUAAAGACAUCACUGUCAAUUUUUUAAAAAGAUAGUAGAGUAUUACAUUUUUUUUUUAAUACCAUGCUUGGAUCUAAAAAGGAAGAUUUUUAAAUGGUUAAGCACAUUACCUUCUUUUGUCACUUGACAAGAUUCGUAAACACUGAUGGCACAGCAUCAUCAUUUUUCUUACCAGUUAAAAAUUAUUGUGAAACUUAAAAUGUUUAAAAUAUUUUUUUCCUUUUUGAAACAGCAUGUUUUAAGGUAAAAUGACUUAUAAGUUUGGUUUUUUUGCUGCUGCUUGUAAGGCAGGUAAAUUAUAAUUAUGGCUUGCAUGUUUCCGUAAGCAUUCUUGUCCUUUAUUUGGGAUGAGGAAGUUAAGGCAAUUGAAAAUAGUUUAAGUGGUUCAAAGUUUCUUCAAGGAUCAAAGAAAGAAAACCAUAGGCAGAAAUUCCACAUAAUGAUCAAGGGAGUUUAUGGAUGUGUUUGUGGAAGUCUUACUCUAAGUACCCCUUGAAUUAGACGCUGCACUGUUUUAUUCUCUACUAGUGAAAAACUGCCUCUCCACCUUUGGGAGAAUGGCUGUUACUGUUUUGAGAUUGGGUAAUGGGGGUGAAUAUGUUGAAGAAGAGGAUGUAGAACCAGAAGAGUGAGGAGAGUCCAACCAUUUCAUAAUGAGAGACGCUUUAAAGACCUUGUCUUUUGUAGUCUGGAGCACGCUUCGAGGGAUCAUCAGUUCAUGCAGUAAAUUGUUUACUGAGCCCUUGCUAGGCACUGAAGACUCAUGAUCUGAGUAUAAGCAGUAAUUCAGUUUCUAAUCCACCCAACUGUACCAGCUUGCACUCAUUUUUCUUUCUUGUUCACAAGAACUUUUGAUCAUGAGAGACUUGGCCAAGUCUUCUGUACUUCACAUAGGUUUCCUGGGGCAGUUACUUUUGUAUUCCUGUCAAAGGAUUUUCAUGAGCCCUUGCUGUCUCUUAGCAAACACCACUUUCCUUUAUAAGUUAACAUACUUUUAAUAAUGUAUUCCACAGUACUCUCCAGGAUUAAUGCAAGGUUUACUGCUUGUAAUUUGUGGAAGCCACCUUCUCAUGCUUCAAAAAUUAGAUAUGUAGUCCUUAGCUGAUUCCUCAAAGAUGACUGACAAUUGAGGUUCACCCAUCUCAGUGGUAGAUUGUUAGUUCCUAGGCAUGUGAUUGGGUACCUGGAUGCUCUCAUAAUAUCUACUCAUCUUUACCUUUUCCAGUGUUUUAUGAAAUUAAGUCACUUACCAAGAGAAAGCAGAAACAUAAUAUUUGCAUUUGACAGUAUCCCACUUGUUCUUUCCCUUGCUCUGAGUUUGCUUUGUUCCCCCCAUUAAUCUGGUUUGGGUGGCCCUAGCCAUAUUUCUACUUUUCCUGCAUGCCCAGCUGAAACGUAGUUAGCCUGGGUUUGUAAUCCUUUCCAGCUUUAGUCAGACUGCACCCUGUGUAGCCACAGCUGUUUAUUUAGGAAUUCUUUUUUCCCUUGUUACAAUUACUUUUGCUAUUGUGUGUUUUGAUUUAUCUUUAAGAGCAUUCCAACUCUUGAAACCAUUAGUGUGACACACUGUGGUUUUUAUCUGUAUCAGCAACUCCUUGCUGUUGGUACAGAUUCUCCUGCAUUAAAAAUCUUAUAUAACAAAUGUAGUCUAUUUAGCAGUUAUUCUACUUAGUAACAAUACUAUAUCAUGCCAUCAUGUCCUAUUAGUGUUAAGGAGGUAUAGGGGUAGAAACUUAACUUGAAUGCCUGAAUCUGAAUUUUAUUAAUAAUGUUUGAUGAUUUUCACAAUAUUUAACUGAUAGUACCCACUCCCUAUCCCAGGAUAGAGGAGAGUUGGGUCACAGGCUGUACAUAAACUGCUAAUUUGUUUGAAGUUUGAAUUACUUUUCAUGGGAAGGGGGUAGUGAUAGGAAAUGACCAGAUGAUCCACUUUUGACAAAUACCAGGUAUUACUGAAGCAUCUGAGAAGCCUCAUGGAUUACACCAUGAAUUGCCAGACCUACCAGUCAAAUUUAGAUACCCAGGUAAUGGUCUUACACAAAGCAGCAGAGUGCAUGGCAGUUUGUAGUAUGUGUCUUUUAAAGCCUGUUCAGUUAUUUUCCAGCUUGAGGACCACUUAAUGUUAAUAGCUCUCAUCUUCUCUGCAGAUCAACAACAUAUUUUGAAAAUAUUUCAGAUAAUUGCAUAGAAAGGAAAUAAGAGAUACAGAUACACUUUGAAACUAGCAAAUUAUUUUCCUUGAUACAACACUUCUCUUUUCCUCCAAUUAUAUAUAUUUAUGAACAGUGUUCAUGGAAUAUUAUUGCCAUAGUACAAAGAAUGACUUCUGUGGAUUUCUUCUUACACGCUGGAGGAGGGUGGGCUUUCAUUUCAGGUAUGAAAUAGCAUAGCAGCAUCAAGCCCAUUAAAAUAAUGUAUUUAAAAGUUUUCAUCUAAGUUACUUAUUUAAAAUGUGCAUCUCUCAAUAAUCAGUUGUACAGUAUAAUUGUAAAUCAGAAGUUUUGACAGCCGAAAUAUUUUAAAACAACACUCUUUUCAAAGGGGAAAGAUAGUAAUGUCGAAUAAUUUAAGCUCUUUUGCUCAAACCAGUCAUUGAUCUGCGGUCAGACCAGCAGCUAAUGAGUCUCUGGCACUAGUAUUAUAGCUUAGCAGAUGGUUCUGAACUAAUACUCUGGGGCGAUGCUAAGAGAGAAAAUGGGGUUCUGUUUCUGGAUAUGUUGAAUAGCUUUCUUAGAACAAUUUUACUUUGAUUAAAAUUAAUGGUUUUAAAGCUAAAUGUCUAAAAGGAGUAAACAACUCUGUAGCUUGUUCUGCUUGUUCUUGGAAAAUAGUAUUAACCACCUAAGGUGAUCUGUGGGAUUGGAGUGAAGGUUUUACCCUACUUUAGUUUCAUUAAUGCACAUUGUGGAAGAUGUAGAGAACAUCUUGACAUGGAAAAGAAUGAAUAAGUUAACGUUCAUUGUACAGUGCUUUCCUAAAUUUCUUUGGUUAUCAUGUUCUUAUAUUCUGGAGAAGAAAAAUUUCUUAAAUAAUAAAUUGAUGACUAGGUAGAUCUUAAAACUACUAAGGGAAACACAGAAUGUAGUUAGCCAUCUGUGCUCAUGGUUUGUUAGAUUUAAAAUCUAAGUUAACCUUAAUGGUGCUGUACACCAUCCAAAGACAGUGCCCUUAUGUUGUCCUGCCUUCUUAGAGCUUGCUUGCUUGAUUUUGCUUUUGUAUAUUUAAUAAAAACUGUCUCAAACGUUUCCUUGUGUAGUUUGUGGAUAACAGUUGAGUUUGUGUGUUGAUUCUAUUUCAGCAACUAACUGGCUUGUGUAUGACCAGGAUUCUAGCUGGUCUCUCUGCCUCCCUUCCCCAAUUGUUUUGAGGGCUGUCCUGCAGAUUAACCAGAGAAAAUGCUUUUCCAAGAAUGUUGGAAUUACAUGUUAUUAAACUUAAUUGGAUAAUUAUAUUUGAGUAGUGACAUCCCAUGUUUCUUUGUUAUGGAAUAAUUGAUGUUUUUCCUUAUACCUAGUAUUAAAAUAGUUUAGUCAAGCAUUUAAAUGUGGAACGCUUAACAAGCACUUGCAGUGGAAAUUAAGAGAUGCAUGCACUUUGAAAAUUCAGUUGAUUAUUAAAGGAUUUGAUUCUUCCAUGCCAA